AUGCAUGAAUUUGCUAAAUACUUAUUCUUGUUUUUUAAUUUUGCUCAAAUUGGCAGAGAUGAAGUGAAGUUAAUUGCUAAAAUCAUUGAGGAAGUUGGGAAUGUAAUAGAUCUUGAACAUCUAAGUGUUGCAGACCACCCGGUUGGACUAGAGGAUCGUGUGCAGAAACUCAGAAUGUUGUUGCGCAUAGAGUCAAAUGAUAAUGAUGUUCGCAUUGUUGUAGUAUGGGGGAUUGGUGGACUAGGGAAGACAACAAUAGCUAAAAAUUUGUAUAAACUCAUCCACCGUAGAUUUGAUGGUUGCUGCUUUCUUGCAGAUGUCAAAGAAACUUGGAAGAAACCAAAUGGUCUGUUAAAAUUACAAGAACAACUUCUUUCCGAUAUAUUCAAAAAUGAAAUUCAUCACAUCAGAAAUAUUCACCAAGGAAAAGAGGUCAUAAUACAGAGAGCAUUGCAUCGAAAGGUUCUACUUGUUUUGGAUGACGUGGAUGAUAUCAAACAAUUAAAGGAAUUAGCCGUAGAUCGAACUUAUUUUGGUUCUGGAAGUAGAAUCAUCAUAACAACAAGAGAUUUGUCAUCAUUAAAUUUUAAACCGGACGAGAUAUAUACACCAAAUGAGUUGGAUGAGGACAAAUCUCUUCAACUCUUCAGUUGGCAUGCCUUUAAGGAAGACCAUCCCGUAGAAAACUAUGUGGAGCUUUCAAAACAAGUUGUGGACUAUGCUAGAGGGCUUCCAUUAGCUCUUGAAAGUUUGGGUUCGUUUUUUUUUCACAUCAGAAGCAUACCGGAAUGGGAAAGUGCAAUAGAAAAAUUAAAAAAAAUCCCUCAUAAUGGUAUUCAAGAAAAACUUAAAAUAAGUUACAAUUCAUUAAGUGACGAAGUGAAGGCGUUAUUCUUGGAUAUAGCAUGUUUCUUUGUUGGAAUGGAUCGAAAUUUUAUAAUCAAAAUAUUAAAAGGCUGUAAAUUAUUCCCUGAAAUUGGGUUGAGGAUUCUAUUCGAUCGUUGUCUCAUAAAAUAUGGGCCUAGGAACAAGCUUGUGAUGCAUGAUAUGCUUAAAGACAUGGGUAGAGAAAUCGUCAAGAAAGAAUCUAAUGAUGAGCCUGGAAGGCGUAGUAGAUUGUGGCAUCAUGAGGAUGGCCUUGAAGUGUUGAGAUAUGGCACGGGUACUGAAGCAGUUAAGGGCCUCUCCCUGAACUUUCCUGAGUCAAAAGAAGUCCAAGUGAAUGCGAAGGCCUUUGAAAAUAUGAACCAAUUGUGGCUGCUUCAUCUUGAUUUUGUUCACCUGAGUUCAGGUUUUGAACAUAAUUUUAGGAGGCUAUUAUGGCUAAGCUGGAAGGGUUGUCCAUUGUUAUGGUUGCCAUCGAAAUUAUACAUGGAGAAGCUGGUUGCUCUUGACUUGCGUUAUAGCAAACUGAAACAAGUUUGGAAGGGAACCAAGGAUCUUAAUAAUCUGAAAUUCCUUUAUCUCAGCCAUUGUUAUUACCUAACCAAAACCCCAAACUUCUCUGGACUCGGCAAUCUUGAGGAACUGUUUAUUGAUAACUGCAUCAGGUUGGUAAAGAUUGAUGAAUCUAUUGGAUGUCUCAGCAAACUUAUUGUCCUAGACAUGGCAAAUUGUAUAAAACUUCAGCAGUUGCCUUCAAGGAUUUUGAUGUUGAAAUCUCUUGAGCAUCUUGAUCUCUCUGGCUGCGCCAAGCUAAGAGAAUUUGCUGGAUUUAAAGGAUCACCAUCAAAAUCAUUGUACACAUUUUUCUCAUCGUGGGCAUUGCCAAGAAAGAAUGUGGAUUCCAUUGGUUUUUCACUACAUGGUUUAAGAAGUUUGAAGACAUUGAAUAUAGCCAAGUGCAAUGUAUCAUAUUUGCCCAGUGAAAUUGGCAGUUUGAUCUCAUUAACAGAUUUGAAACUUUAUGGAAACAAAUUUUUGUGUACGUUACCGGAUAGCAUCUGUAACCUUACUCGCUUGGAGAGGCUAGAUAUGCAAGACUGCAAUCUGUCACAUUUGCCCAAUGAAAUUGGGAGUUUGAUCUCAUUAACAGAUUUGGCACUUUACAGAAACAAAUUUUUGUGUACGUUACCGGACAACAUCUGUAACCUUACUCGCUUGGAGAGGCUAGAUAUACAAGACUGCAAUCUGUCACAUUUGCCUAGUGAAAUUGGAAGUUUGAUCUCAUUAACAGAUUUGGAACUUUACAGAAACAAAUUUUUGUGUACAUUACCAGAUAGCAUAUGUAACCUUACUCGCUUGGAGAGGCUAUAUAUGGGAUACUGCAAUCUGUCACAUUUGCCCAGUGAAAUUGGGAGUUUGAUCUCAUUAACAGAUUUGGAUCUUUACAGAAACAAAUUUUUGUGUACGUUACCGGAUAGCAUCUGUAACCUUACUCGCUUGGAGAAGCUAGAUAUGCAAGAAUGCAAUCUGUCACAUUUGCCCAGCGAAAUUGGGAGUUUGAUCUCAUUAACAGAUUUGGAACUUUACAGAAACAAAUUUUUGUGUACGUUACCGGAUAGCAUAUGUAACCUUACUCGCUUGGAGAGCCUAGAUAUGGGGUACUGCAAUCUGUCACAUUUGCCCAGUGAAAUUGGGAGUUUGAUCUCAUUAAAAAAAUUGGGACUUGACGGAAACAAAUUUUUGUGUACAUUACCGGAUAGCCUAUGUAACCUUACUCGCUUGGAUGUUCUAGAUAUGGAUAACUGCAAUCUGUCACAUUUGCCCAGUGAAAUUUGA